CCCCUCCCCUCCCCGGCGGAAGGCCCCGGCGCGCGCGCGUGCGCCGGAAGGCCUAGCUCGGCCGGGGUGGUUGCCACGACGUCGACGAAGCCUCGCUCUCCCAUGGCCGGGACUCGCUGGGUGCUGGGCGCGCUGCUCCGCGGCUGCGGCUGUCAUUACAGCACUUGCCGCCACACCGGCGCGGUUUGCCUGCCGCCGCUGAGGCCUACCUCUUCUUCCUCCUCCUCCUCCUCCUCUUUGACGCCGGCGUCGCCUCAGGCGGGCGCUUUGGGCCUUUGGGGCCGCCGACGCCUCCUGCUCUUGCUCGGGGCAGCCACGCAGAGCCGCGGGGUCGCCAGCUCGGCCGGGCCGGUGCCCGGCUUCGGCUCUUGGCGGGGGUCUUUGCUAACCCCGCCUCUCGCGGGCCGAUGCUACAGCCAGGAUCCCGAGUCUUCUUAUCAAGAGGGAUAUCACUUUCCCCCAGAAUACGAAAUCUCUGCGGAAGAAGCAGAAGGGCAGAGGGAAGUGCAUCUGAUUCGGGCCCAAGGUUUGCCAUAUGACUGCACUGAGGAAGAUGUUCUCAACUUUUUUUCAGGGAGCAAGAUCCGAAACGGUGUGGAAGGCAUCCAUUUCCUCCUGUACCGAGAUGGUAAGCGCAGAGGAGAUGCAAUAGUUGAACUUGAAUCAGAACAUGAUGUGAUGAACGCCUUGAACAAACACCGGAAAUAUCUGGGCCAGCGCUAUGUGGAAGUUUUUGAAAUACGUAAUAAGGACGUUGAUACCCUAAUGAGGAGCCUGAAGUUUCGUUCAGCGCCCGUAAACAAUGAUGGGGUGGUACGACUGCGAGGCCUGCCCUACCGUUCCACGGAAGUAGAUGUAACGGAGUUCUUUUCAGGUUUGACUAUACAAGACAUAGUAUUCGUCUUUGACCACGACGGAAGAAGGAAAACGGGAGAGGCGUUUGUACAGUUCGCCACACCGGAAAUGGCUAAUAAAGCUUUGUUGAAGCAUAAGGAAGAAAUUGGGAACCGCUACAUAGAAAUAUUCCCGAGCCAGAAAAGUGCAAUUCGAACACAUAACGACUUUUUCCGAUAUAAGAAGAUGAUGGCGUCUACGGUGCCAAAACCGUGUUCUGAAAACAUUUUUGAAGAAAGCAAAUUGAGCGAGGUCUCGAAGCCCAGUCCGGUGUAUGAAAAUGAAAGCAGAAGCGGUGAGCAGGCUUACAAGCAAGUAUUUGAAAAGCCUCAGGAGGCGGCUGAAUCGGGAAGCUUCUCUGCCCCUUACUUUGUCCACCUGAGAGGAAUGCCUUUUCAAGCCACAGCGCAAGAUAUCAUCCAGUUUUUUGCUCCCUUAAAGCCUGUGAGGAUCACAAUGGAAUAUAAUUCAUGCGGCCAUGCGACCGGAGAAGCAGAUGUACAUUUUGAAACGCACACAGACGCAGUUGCCGCCAUGGCCAAGAACAACUUUAAAGUCCAGCAUAGUUAUAUUGAAUUAUUUCUGAAUACAUCACCAAGCAGAAAAUAGAACAGCCUACGACAGUGGUAUAUUUCCCAAAGUUUAGAUAAGCUAAGAUGCUUUUCAUCUGCACGUUCCUAGAGCUGGACUAUUAAUUCCCGUCGCCCCCGAAUUGCCUUUCAAAGAAACUCCAGUGGCUGUGUCUGAAAUCCUUACAAAAUGGUUGUGCAGGCUCUGUUUUACGUAAACCAACAUUAAAGUUGAACUCUACUUAA